UGGCAGUCUCCAUUGAUGGGCUCUUGCUCUGUUUUCCUUUGCAGCUGGAGGGAGCAGGAGGAGGAGAAGGGGGCUGCCUCUCUGUGGGGGGGACAGCACGCUGCCCCAGCCCAUCCAGGAGCUGCUGGCUGUCCUGCACCAGGAAGGGCCAUUGACAGAGGGCAUAUUCCGGAGGGCUGCCAGCGGGACGGUGCUUCGGGAGCUGAGGGAGGCCCUGGACGGCAGUGUGGACGUCGACCUGGGAAGCCAGCUUGUGCUCCUGCUGGCCGUCAUCUUGAAGGACUUCCUCCGAAGCAUCCCUGGCAAACUGCUUGUGACCAACCUCUAUGCAGAGUGGAUGACAGCAGUGGAAAGGACAACCAAGCAGGAGAAGGUGGAAGAGUUGGAAGCGGUGGCCGACAAGUUGCCUGCAGCAAACCUCCUCCUCCUCAAGCAGCUGCUGUCCCUGCUCCAGCAUAUCGGCCACAAUGCGUGCACCAGCAGGAUGAGCUGCAGCAAUAUGGCCAUCGCGUUGGGCCAAACCUGCUGAGCCCAGCCAACGAGGACCUGCUCCCGCUGGAGCUGCUGCUGGAGGUGCCUGACAAGGUGAACAUGCUGGAGGAGUUCCUGAUUGAAAACUGCAGGAAAAUCUUUGGGGAGGAGAUGGCUGGCCUUUCCAGUCCACCAGUCGAGGAGCUGCCAGCGCCCAUGGACAGAUCCACAGAGCUGCCUUUGGAAGAGCAAUGUGGCCCUGCAGGAGAAGCAGACGUGGAGCACCAGGCAAAAGCCUUCCUGGACGCACCACCCUCUCUGCUCAUCCUCCAGAAAGCAGCAGGGGCACACACAGUGAUGGGAUCGGAAACAGCAGAGUAUGGCAGCUCCACAAAUGCUGGGACAACGUGUCUCAUGUAGGAGGGGAGUUCUUGAUGAGUCCAAGUAGCUGCUGUGCCUCUUCCUGGCAUUCCAUCUCUUGUGGCUUUCUGUGGGUUUUGUUUUUUUUUUCCCCACUGGCAUGAUACAUUGUAAGUUUAACUGGUAGGGUUGUUUCUCAAAUGUUAGGCAUGUGCUUAACCAGGGGAAAUAUCUAUAAAGUACCUCCAGAAAGAGAGAUUUCAAAAGCAAAGCCUCCCACCGCAGAAGGUGGUAUUGCACCAAAGGGAUAUCCCCAGAGCUCUGUCUCGGGAGGGCAGAAGAAAGCCCGGCAGAAUGAAGUGGGCAAGGCUUUUCUUGCCUGGGGGGGACCACAGGCUCCCUGCUGAAUGGCCCCCACAAGCAUCACACACCUGUGUGAACAUUGUGUUCCAAAGGGAAGCCCUUGGAAGACAGGGCUAAUGCAAACUGGCCAAAGGGAUCUUCUCUGUAGAGCUAUGGUAGCAAUUUGCCAAACAGUCGCUUACUGCUCCAGGGCAUCCCUUGCCACCUGCUAAUGCUGACAUUUCUGGUUUAGGCACCUCUUGUUUUGCCUCCAGCCACCCCAGAGACCACAGUAGACUCCCUGGGAUGCGCAGAAGAACUCAAGAGCCCUUCAGAGGAAAGCAGGUUUGCAGGCUCCCCCCAGGAAAAUGAAAACUGAAGAAAGAGAAAAGAGUCCUGGGCAGAGGAGAGGAAAUGCCAACAAGAAAAGAAAAGAAGGAAGAGAGAAAAAGAUGGGGACUGAAAGCAAGCAGGAGGGGCCAGAAGGUGAAGAAGCCCAGUUAUGUACCAGGCUCUGCUGCCCAUCUUUCCCAGCCCUGAACACUGCUCUACAUCAGUCGAAGUCGCUGGCAAGGACGGCGAGGGAUGGUGCUGCACAGGCUUUGGAAAUUAACUCCGUGGCAGCUCCCCAGGGGCUCCCCUUCAAGCCCUGCUGUGUGGUAUUACCCAGGGGGAUAAGGGGCCAGAGCCAUCCUGUAGUCAAUGCCAGCAAUAGCUCUCUCGUCUGGGCUAGAAGCAAUUCCUUGUCGACUGUGUUCCCCAAAGAAAUGGGAACCAAGUCAUGCCUGUUCCUGCCUUUGUGGGUUUAUCAGUGCUUUCUGACUCUUAUCGUUGUAGGUGCCAAUUUCCUGGUACUGGCUGAACCACGGUGACUCCCAGGCUCCCGCACUUCAUGUCCACAAUAAAAGGAUAUUUUCUCUUUUUUGACUGUGUCUGCUGCACGAUCUUCUGGCCGAGGAAAAUUAAUCAAGGCAUCCAAAACGAUUCUAGGCUUGAUGGCAUCAAAAUAAGCCAAAAAUCAGUUUGGAAGACUGACAUUUCAAACUCUUCUUUCACUGUAAGACAUUCCAGAACAGCCACAAAAUUACAGGCUCAGAGUUGAAACCCAGUGUUGUGGCUGAUCUGAAAUUUUUUUCUUACUUUUUUUUCAUCCACUGAGAGUUAUUGGAGGAAAAAAGGGGAUUUCUUUCAAAAUAGAACAUUUCUUUUCCUCUGUCCUCCUUCUUCUUUACCUGUGAUCUGAAUGUUGGUGGUUUUAAUGUGGGGGUAUUUUAGUGCUGUGUCACUGUAGUAAUAGCUGUGAUGAUAGAGACACUUACUGUAGGACAGGUAGAAGUUGACAGUGGAGAUCAUCAGGCUGGAGAGGUCAAAGGAAAAAGCAGGGGGCUGGCGUUGCCUGGAGAGGGAGGGUCCAGUUUCCAAACUAGGUCAGCGUGUGUCCUCAUCUCCCAUGUAGCACGUGAAUCACACGCAUGACUGCAAAGCAAUGUGACCCCUAGAAAAAGCUCCAGGUUGCCCAGCAGCAUUGAAUGGGAAUUCAGCCCUUGCCAGCAGGAAGGAAACAAGCCCUGCAAGCACACGCUGAGGCAUGAGACCUUGACUGGGGCUAGGGAGUAUGUCAGGGGACCCACGUGAAACCCCCAGCCCCUGGAGUGGCGGCUGGAAGAUGGGUAGGUCAAAGGACCCUGAUGGGAGCCCUGCAGGGCCUCAUCCAUUGGACCAACGGGCACCUUCCCUUGUCACACAGAGCAUCUCAUGGGCUGGAAAAGGGAUGCUCUGGACAUGCUCUUCCCUGCGCUGGGGUCCCAAGGAAAUUACAAGGCCUCACCGAGGAAGCUGUGUGGUCCAUUUAACUCUCCCCUCUCCAGCAAGGGUAUGAAGGGCAUUUAAAUCAAGGG